CCCGUGGAUGCAGCAGCCACCGCAUGGCUUCGGAUUGUGACACCAAGGUUAGUGAUUAACCUUGUCUUGUCGGUCUCUCAGGGCAGCGGAGACUACGGGCAGAAUUCGCACUGAGGCAUGCUGCCGCUCGGUCGCCACAUCUUACCAUGGGCGACCGCGACCACUGUCCUCACGAGCGGGUUUUAACCCUAGAGGACGACGACACGGUGGCGUUUCAUAAAGUUGUUGUCAGCCAUGACAACCUAAGCCGCUCCGCACAAGACUGCGAGCGUGACGGCGACGAACGGACGGAGGAGAGGAUUCAUUUGCGAAGUGGCUGUCCGGAUGACGAUGCUGAAAGAGAGAGGCGAGGGAGAAGCGACCAUUCGCAGGAAGACGGUGAGAGGCGAACGCUGUGUCCACCGGCGUUUUGCCUCGGAGGCAAGCCAGCAUCUUCCCUCGAGGGACGCGCACGUGAAGAGAAACCUAAGAAAUGUCCUGGGCUGGGUUUGUUCUUUGCAUUCCUGGCCACCGUCUUCUUCUCCAUCAUUGCCCUCCUGGUGAAAAGCAUCCAGGGAGUUCACGCCAUAGAGAUCAGUGCCUUUCGCUGCUUCUUCCAGAUGAUUUUUACUAUGCCGUUACUCAUCUAUCACAAGACAGGCUUCCUUGGUCCCAAAGAUAAACGUAUUUAUCUGGUGCUUCGAGGUUUUCUCGGCUCCAAUGCAAUGAUCCUGCUCUACUAUGCAGUUCAGCAGAUGCCGCUGGCAGAUGCCACAGUCAUCAUGUUCAGUAAUCCAGUCUUCACUUCCCUCUUGGCUUGGAUCUUCUUGAAAGAGAAAUGUACCAUUUGGGACUGUGUUUUCACUGUUUUCACCCUAACUGGAGUCAUCCUCAUUGCUCGCCCACCAUUCCUUUUUGGCGAGAAUAUCCAUGGCAUUGAAGGCAACUACACUAACCAUGUCAAGGGGACAAUUGCAGCCUUUGCAGGUGCAAUUGCAGCUGCCUUUACUUUUGUUGUUCUUCGCAAGAUGGGGAAGAGUGUCCAUUACUACCUCUCUGUGUGGUACUAUGCUGUCAUUGGUCUCAUCGAGUGCAUCAUCACUGUAUCCAUCCUCGGCGAGUGGAAGAUCCCGUUCUGUGGCCGCGACCGCUGGAUACUGAUGUUGAUCGCUGUUCUUGGUAUCGCUGGCCAGACCUUCCUCACAAAGGCACUGCAGAUUGAAAAGGCUGGACCCGUGGCGCUGAUGAGGACAGUAGAUGUGGUGCUGGCCUUUUUCUUCCAGUUUGUUUUCUUUAACCGAGCUCCGACUUGGUGGAGCCUCGGAGGAGCGUUGUGCGUGGUGCUGAGCACCAGUGGAAUCGCUGUUCGGAAGUGGUAUACCAACUCUCGGAAGAGCUGAUAGGAGAAGUCCCUCAAUUAUAUCAAGAUCCCAGUUCACUCUUUAUUUCAUAAAUUAUUUUAAUUCAAAGCAGUUUUGGGGCUCAUGUCAUGUCAGCCACGAGUUUUUGAUAGCUUGAUAUUCAGAACGGACUUUGAUACCUGUUGAUUUUCAAGAGUCAACUGGUGUUACUUCCCCAAUGUAUUUUUAAUUUUAGUACAUAAGGCAAUAAAAGUAUGUUGCCUCCAAGAAAAUAUAGCUCCAUGGAGAUAAAAGGUAGUCAAUCUUGAAAGGAAUGAAAGAAUAUUAUAAAUAGACACAGUUACGUUACCAUUUUACGUUUGUUUAAAUAGGAUUUAAAAGCCAAUAAAGGCAGAAAACAUUGAUUAUUUUAUUUAAAAGAUGAAGAAUACUGGCAUAUUUAUUCAUUUAGAUUCGCACAUGGCGCUAUUAAAUCUAUAACUCAGUUAAACACUACAGAUAGUUCGGUCAUCUCAGAUGAUAAAACCUAAUAAAAUCCCUGCACUGGCUAAGAGUUUUUAUUCGAAAGCAGGGUUGCUAUGUAUGACUCUCUCAGGGAUUUCUCCCGUUUUAUAUUGAGCACAGUACAGUAACAUCCAGUGAUCAUAUCCCUGAUAUUGUUACUCCUUUUCCCAUUUCUGUACAGCUCAUUUGAAGUGCCUGACACACAGAGGUUUUACCUCCAGUUCACAUUGAAAUAGCUCCCUAAUAACCAGCAGCUUGUAACGUGGAGCUCUCAGAUAAUUACUAAGGCUUGUGAACAAGAAUAUGAGUUGAUUUACCAAAGAUCCUAUUCCUGCAAAGGUCAUACUGACUUUUUUUUAUAAUUACCACCAGAGUCAACUCUCAUGUUUGCUCUCAUUAAAGAAGUUGUAAUCAGUUAAGCUGUUCCACAAGGUUCCAAAGUUUCUAAUAACAUUGCUCUUUGUACAGUGAAGAACAGUGGAGCUCAGUACAAAAACAUGAAUGACAUGCUCCCAGAUUUCCAUGGCAGACACACUCUCACACAACUAAACCUCCAUACGUCAAUUGUCCCAUAACAACAUGAGUUCAUCUCUUUCAUUACACUUAUCUGCCCCUUUGGUUCUUUGUUUCAGAAAAGUAAUUAUUUUGAUCAUUUAAGUUUUGUCCUAAACCACUGGACUUCAGUUGAUAAGACUUGAAAAUAACUUGGAAGUACAAAAUAAUUGUGUAAAACGAAUGACUGUCUCUUAGCCAGCAGCCAUUCAGAGUGACAUUCUUUAAAUACAAGACUACUGGUUACAUUUGGCAUUCUGGUAGUGCCUAACUGUUAGUACUGUAUGUGAACUAUCUAUUGUUACUAUUAUAUCUACACAACAGUGUUGUGUGCAGUCGUAUAUCUUCUGUGAAAUAGGUGCACAGCAUCGGCAGGUUACACUGUGAACGCUCCUGGCGGGCAGUCAGACAGCACAUCUGGAUUGAGGAGAUGCUCGCUCUCAGUUACCCUGAUAACACCAUCUGUUUCUAACAAGCCCACUUCUUUUUUUCCCCUCUCUGUUUUUAGUCUUUGUCUGUCGGUGUACUCUGAAAGUCAAGGACAGAGGUGUUUAUUGUGACUGCACACAUUUUGGUACUGCUGAUGCGUCCUCUUCAUCAUUCCGUGUGCCAGUGGUAUCCCCUUUUCCAUAAAGAGCAAGGCAAGAAAUGGUUUAGCCUCUUCCCCUUGUUUCCUAGACAUCUCGUGUCUAUAAAAGAUUUAUAUUUUAUGCAAAUAGCCUCAGCUGCAAAGAAAAGUGUUGGCAAGCUGCCAGUAUACGUUAGCUGAUAAAAAGCUGCACAUGAGGAUAGCUUCAAGCUAUGUGCAAUGAAAAAAUCGGAAUGAAUUUAAAAGCCUAAAGAGUGAUGAGAGUGAAGAGCGAGGUGUGAGCUGCUCAGCAGAGUCCUGCUCACCUCAGAGUCCACAUCAUUCUGCUUAACUCAAACAAAGUUGCACUUUAUUGCGACACUUUAAUUAGGUCUUAAUUGUAGCUUUAAGGCUAAUGCUGAAACAUGUGCUGUCUAUAAGUUGUGUAUUAUCUUUAGUGCUAUCUUUAGUUAGAUAUGUUCAUAUUGGUAAGAGAUAAUUUAUUUUAAAGAACAUGGGUUUUCCUUCAGUGUGUGUUCUACAAUUUAAAUUGUACUUUUAUGUCAGCAUCACAGCGCAACUGCAGCCAUGCAUUUAAAAACAGAUGGCACUUCUUAUCCUAAAGUUUUUUCCUUGCAAUUUUUCAUACACUCCUGUCUCUGUUCUUGUUAAAUCUGUCGAGAACUGUGUUGAUACAGCUGCAACAACUGUUUUAUUAGUCAUUUUAUACAGUGAAUGGUUCAUCCCAAUUAAUGGUCUAUCACAAGAAAAUGAGCCUAGUUUGCAUUUUACUGCUGUUAUAAAAUGGGACUGAUGUUGUUUCACUUGUGAUUCUUUUUAUUUAAAUCUCUUUGAAUUUAAACUUGAAUAUCUCAGUCAUACAAAAUAUUGCUCAGUUUCAUACACAAUCCUUUCUAUGCUGUUAAAAAAGGCAUUACACCGAGUGUUUAUCUGAUUUGAUCUAAUUGUAAAUUGCAGUGGAUUGAAAUUUAUGUGAUGCUGGUCUUAGAUCCAUUUAUUCAGAAAAAUCAAACGUUAUUUCACUGCAAGAUGGACAAAAAGCACUUAGAGCUAUUUUUAAAAGCAAUGCACAGCUUGAACAUUGAAAAUACAGUAAAAUAACUGUGCUGCUAAUGAUAUUAAUAGAUCUGGCCAUGAGUCGAGCACAGUUAUAACUUAUAUUUGAUAUUUUAGUUGUUUCUACAUUUACUAAUCUUUUUCAUAAACAAUUUAUUUAGUUUACUUGAAGGGUAGUAGUCUACUCCUGGUAGCUUAAACAGUCUCAGGACCUGUAAAACCCAAAGUACUUUUUAGGGUUUUGUUCUCUGAGCUUUAAUACAUUUAAAUUACCUAUUUCUGUUUGUAUAUCAACUGAGUAUUUCUGAUACAUGUAUUUAUGCAUUUUUAUAUAUAUAUACACACACACAAACUUGAUCAUUUAUUAAUAAAUUAUAUAUGAAUUUAAAUGUCUUACUGUGGUCUUCAUCUAAAAUCCUUGUGCACAAGUGUUAAUGGAAAAAAAAUCUUUUAAAGUCAUUUGAUUUUAUGUGGACCAUUUAGCCAUUAAAUACGAGCUGAGCUUGUAGAGUAGACCUAAAAGUAUGUUUUUACCUAAAUGGUAAACAUUUGUAUCUGAUGAAAAUAUUUUG